AAAUACCAUGAACGCCGUUGAAGAAGUUUUCAGCAUUUCAAAGGCACAAACACUUAUUGCUCUCUGUAGUACAGUUCCAGGCUAUUGGUUCACAGUUUUCUUAAUUGACAAAAUGGGAAGGUUUGCCAUCAAGUUGAUGGGAUUCUUCUUCAUGACAGUAUUCAUGUUUGCCAUCGCUAUUCCUUAUGACCACUGGACUCACAAGGAGAACAGAAUCAGAUUUGUGGUAAUGUACUCGUUGACUUUUUUCUUCGCAAACUUUGAACCUAAUGCUACCACAUUUGUUGUACCAGCGGAGAUUUUCCCAGCAAGGUUCAGGUCAACUUGCCAUGGCAUAUCAGCAGCAGCCGGUAAGCUUGGUGCUAUUGUAGGUGCUUUCGAUUUCUUGUACUUGGCUCAGAACCAGGAUAAGGCCAAGGCAGAUGCAGGGUAUCCUGCAGGUAUUGGGGUCAAGAAUUCACUACUCGUGUUAGGUGGAAUCAAUGCCUUGGGUUUCUUGUUCACCUUCUUGGUCCCUGAAUCCAAAGGAAAAUCAUUGGAAGAAAUAUCAGGUGAGAACGAAGAUAAAGCAGCGGAGGAGGAAGGCUCAUCUUAUAACGAAAGGACAGUUCCAGUGGCUUAGGUGGGUCUUUGUUAGUAGUUCACAGUGUAAUGAUAGCUAAAUAAUCGGCUUCAAAUUAAAGUUCUAUUGUUUUGCCUUAUUUUCUGUUUUCCUGAACCUUGUUGUUGCAACUCAAGUUUCUGUAACUUGAAGUUGAGGAAUAUAUGAUAAUAGAAAUUCGUGUCUGUU